GCAGACGGUGCCGGGCACAAGGCAGGCGGGGACAGCAGGGCCGGGCAGGGCAGGGCAGGGCGAGUCCGCGGCCUGGACACAGCGAGGCCUCAGCUCGCUACGGUUCCCGGUCGGCUGGGCCGGGCCGUGCCGUGUGGCUGCUGGCUCUGUUCCCGGGCAGGUGCAGCGCAUCCAUGACACAGGCACCUUCUGUUCAACUGUUUUCAUGGAAACAGAUGUCUAUCUAAAAGCCUGGCGACUGAAACCAGUUGUGUGGUGGGACAGGCAGUGCAUCUAUAUGAUCACAUGACUCUUGAUAUGGACGCAGUCCUGUCAGACUUUGUUCGGUCCACAGGGGCAGAACCUGGUCUGGCAAGAGACCUGCUGGAAGGUAAGAAUUGGGAUCUGAGUGCAGCGCUGAAUGACUUUGAACAACUUAGGCAAGUUCACACUGCAAAUUUGCCUUGCGUGUUCAAUGAAGGAAGCUUCUACAAACAACGAGAGAAAGAACAGGUGAACAAGUGUGAGCAGAGACAGGAUGAGAUUGCUCAAGAAAAGCGCCUCUCACGAGGAAUAUCUCAUGCAAGUUCAGCCAUUGUGUCUCUGGUUCGCUCACACGUGGCAAAUGAAUGCAGUAGUGAACAGUUUCCUUUAGAGAUGCCCAUUUAUACAUUCCAGCUGCCUGAUUUAAAUGUCUACAGUGAAGAUUUUCGAAGCUUUAUUGAAAGGGAUUUGAUUGAACAGUCGACAAUGGUAGCCUUGGAAGAGGCAGGCCGACUAAACUGGUGGUCAGUUGUUUGUUCGAGCUGCAAACGUCUUUUACCAUUAGCAACAACAGGAGAUGGGAACUGCCUCCUGCAUGCAGCUUCUCUAGGCAUGUGGGGUUUCCAUGAUAGAGACCUGAUGCUUCGAAAAGCUCUUUAUGCAAUGAUGAAAAAUGGCCCAGAAAAAGAUGCACUGAAGAGGAGAUGGAAGUGGCAGCAAACACAGCAAAAUAAGGAGUCUGGUUUAGUUUACACUGAAGAGGAAUGGGAGCGAGAGUGGAAUGAGCUACUUAAACUUGCUUCCAGUGAGCCCCGAACACACUACAGUAAGAGUACAGGCACCUGUGGGGGUGUUGAUAAUGCUGAGGACCCGGUUUAUGAAGGUUUGGAGGAGUUCCAUGUGUUUGUUCUUGCUCAUGUAUUACGAAGGCCAAUUGUUGUUGUUGCGGAUACAAUGUUGAGGGAUUCAGGAGGUGAAGCAUUUGCACCAAUACCUUUUGGAGGAAUUUAUUUACCUCUGGAAGUACCUCCGAAUAGAUGCCACUGUUCACCUUUAGUCUUAGCCUACGAUCAAGCCCACUUCUCUGCACUUGUGUCCAUGGAACAGAAUGACCAACAAAGGGAACAAGCUGCAAUUCCUUUGACUGAUUCAGAACACAAACUGCUACCUUUGCACUUUGCAACGGAUCCCAAGGAUUGGGAAUGGGGAAAGGAUGACAACGACAAUAUCAAACUGGCUAAUUUGAUCCUCUCCCUGGAAGCGAAACUUCACCUACUGCACAGCUACAUGAAUGUGUCCUGGAUUUGUAUUCCUGCUGAAACCAGGGCACCUUUGGCCCAACCAGAGUCACCAACUGCUUCAGCAGGGGAGGAUGUUCAUUCUCUAGCUGACUCGAUGGAUUCAGACAGAGACUCCAUCUGCAGCAACUCCAACUUGAAUGGAAACCGAAACAAGAAAGAGAAAGAGAAACAAAAGAAGGAUAAGGAAAAGAACCGGACAGAUUCUGUUGCAAACAAGCUUGGAAGCCUUAGUAAAACUCUGGGAAUUAAACUGAAGAAAAACAUGGGAGGACUUGGCGGCCUGGUGCAUGGGAAGAUCAGCCGGGGAAGCACCAGCAAUGGGCGCAACGGAGAGACAGUGGAGAAACUCAAGAAGAAAGAGUCCAACAAAACUCGGAAAGGAAGCAAGGAGGAGUCAUCGCAUUCUGCAAGCUCAUCCCCUACAGAUAAGUCAACUGCCUCAGUUAAAUCUCCAGUCGAGAAACAAUCUGAUCAGUGGAAAUACAGCACUGAUGUCAAACUCAGCCUCAACAUACUGAGAGCUGCCAUGCAAGGAGAGAGGAAGUUCAUCUUUGCAGGUCUUCUGUUGACAAGUCAUAGGCACCAGUUUCAUGAGGAGAUGAUUAAUUAUUACCUGACCACUGCUCAGGAGCGCUUCAAUGCUGAACAGGAACAGCGGCGCAAGGAGACAGAGAGAAAAACAUGCAGCAACUCGUGUAAAAACACGUGCAACAACUCUUCAUGUAAAAAAGAGGAGCAAGAGCCAUCUCGGAGAAGCAAGUCAGAACCAAAUUCACAAGAGGACACAUUUCAAGGCUCUUCUCAAAGCCAUAUAGGUCACCUGAGCUCAAACCUACAGGGGAUCAGUGACCAGAUAUCGAUGAGCACUUCACCACCAAACAGUGGAACCCUUAAAGCUGGGACUCUCACCUCUGCCCAUUUCACCCAUACGCCAGCUUUACUGCAGCAUGUCAUUCAUGUAUCUGAGGUGAGAUCACAGCCAUCGAGUUAUCAAUCUGACAAUCAGUCACCCGUCAUCAGCUCUCUGAAAACAUGUGCUACAUACCCACAACAUAGUCGCUCGAUGUCUUAUCAAAACUAUUGCCCUGUGGGCCUGUCAGGGCUCCCUACUGUGGAAACCAUGGAACCUCUGAAAUGUUUGCUGCCCCCUGAACACAAAAGUCACACAUAUACGAAUGGGUUUGGUUCUGGUGAUGUUAGUGAUUACCUGGAAUACGCAGAUGAGGCCCCUUCUUUUGUGCGACAGAGUGGAGAGAAAGGCAAAGUGCGAGGUGUGGCAGGCACGCCUUAUUCACUCCAACAGAACCGAUGCAAACAGCACAACUGCCCCUUCUACGGACGCCCGGAGACUGAGCUUUACUGCUCCUACUGCUACAAGGAAGAGCUGAAACGCAGGGAUCGAGGAAACAGGAGCAUUAGACAAUGGCCUAGGUUAGCAGCUGAGCACCGUGACGCUCCUGAUGCAGAUAUUCUAACAGCACAGCACAGGAACGGGACCUUUUCCACGGAAGACUGUGAAGGCAAAACCACUGAACACGCUGAGGAAGAUCAAAAGAUUUCCAGAGACAAAGAACGGGGAGGGAGCUCAAGUACAGUAAGAUGGAACUGCCCAAGAGGUUGGAAGGCUUACUACUGCUCCUAGAAAACUAUCAUUUCAUUAGACAGGUGGACACAAAAUGCUGGAGUAACUUAGCGGGACAGGCAGCAUCUCUGGAGAUAAGGAAUGGUUGACGUUUCAAGUCGAGACCAUUCAGGCCUCAUUAGACUUGUUACGCCAUCAUUUUCACAAACAAAUGAAUUGAGAGCAAGAGAAGCAAUUCGUCCUUGACCUGCUUGUAGAUUGGUUACUUUAUUUUCUAACCAAUAGCUCCGCCUACUACCACACCAUUCAUAUUAUUGCAACCCGACAUGUGUAGUCAGUCUAUGCUGCUGUACAGUAGAAACAACAUGCUGUAGUGUGUUAUAUGAGUUAUUCAAUAAAUACUGUUGUACCAG